AUACUUGAUUGGAUUUCCCAUAUUACGUCUUCUUUGUAUUUAUAAGUUUAACAAAGGACUCUUGUCGAAUAAAUGUACUGUGAUUUUAAGGUAUAAAAAUACUUUACAAUAUCGUGUAGCGGAAAGAUCUAGAGGGAAUUAGUUGACAUUUGUAUACACAGGUAUGCUAUAACAUAUUCGGUAUACAAUUGUGUAUUUAUUUUUGGAUUAAGAAAAUGUGACCCAACAAGAGUGUGUAUUUGUUUUUAUCUUCCGCAUUUCUAAGUUGGUGAAUUUCACAAGGAUAUUUUCGAAUGUUUUAAAUGGAUUUCUUCAAAAGACAAUCAUAGGUGAGUAAAAGAUAGAUCUUCAGAAGAACGUGUAGCAACUUAAACAGAGUAUCAACGAUGACCCGAUAUGUCCAGCUAUAAAGAUCUGAAGCCUUCACAAGUAAAAGACACCCCUUUUGUUAAUAUAGGAGCCCAAGAUCUUAUUACUGUAGAGGCUAACUGGAAAGGUUUAGUGAGGAAAGAGGGACAACUGGAACGUGGAUUAAAGAAACUUGGACCCCUCGCAAGUCUUCAGUGGAGACAAUAUUUUGUUGUGCUAUCUCAAGGUUGUGUUUACGUUUUUCAUGAUGAUCAUUCAGCAUCUCCGAAAGUUCACUUCUCUCUUAUGAAUUAUCACAAAUUACGAAGGAAUUUUAGUAUACCCCACUGUUUUGAAAUCUUGCCAUGUUCGUCAGAGGGCAAAUUAUACAAAUUCAGUUGUGCAACAGAUACGGAGAGGCUGGAAUGGAUGAGAGCUAUAUAUGUAUCAAUGCUUGUUGUUCAUGAAGAAUCCUUGCCAGACGACGAACACACAAAACUUAAAAAGUCAGACGAAUAUAAUCUUCUGGAAUCAACCGUCGUCGGUGCCUCUGCGUCCUCGACAAAACUUUAUGAGAUAAACGAUGACGACGACGAAUCGUCAGACGACAAUUAUGACAAACCUGAUGAAUCUUUGGUGAAGAGUAAUAAAUAUGAGCCUGAUCCAACUACGAAAUGCGUAUCAACAACUGGCACCAUCCCAAAACAGCCGAAAUCUAAAAGAAUACAAAAAUCCGUUUCAGAACAGCGAGAGACUUAUGAAGAUGCUGCCUCGCCCCCGAAUGACACCACAAAACAAAGGAGUUUUUCUGAGGGUACCGUGAACUUUAAUGGUGGAAACACUAGUGUAGACGCAGUCGAUUCUACUUCAAUGCAAACUAAAACAAAACCAAAACCCAAAGUAGCACCCAAACCCGCUAAACCAGGAAUGUACAUUAAUUCAUUAAAUCCGCCUAUAUCAUCGUUACCAAGGACAAAAUCGCCGACAUCGCAAUUACGAAUGACUACACCAGCUUCCCGUUCACGAACAAACUCACCAGCCACAAAUUUACGCAUCACAUUGCCAUCUCCUUCACGGACCGAAUCACCAUCAUCAGAAGUCAACUUUCCAGUGUCUUCAGAUUCAAGCUCUAGGCCGUCAUCCAAAGAAAGUGAUAAGCAGUCAAAAUCCCAAGAGCCUAAAUUACCGACACCAAGGAAAUCACCCCAGUCUUCAGCAGAGCUUAGCAACUCGAGUGGUACUAACUAUCUAAAUAUGACGACAGAAGAGGCGGGCUACGUGCAGCCCGAUCCCAGACUUGAUCCAGCGUCAGAAUAUUUGUUUGGCGGGAAUAGAGAUGAUAGUGCACGGGAAUUAGAAUUGCUGGCAGAACGAACUUUCUUAGUUAGAGAUUCUUCUGAACCAGGAAAAAAGGUUUUAGUGGUGAAAACUAAAGCUGGGCUUAAGUCAUACAAAAUAGAAAAAAACAGUGAUAAGUUUAUGAUUGAAACCAAUUUGACGUUCAGUACACUUCACGAAGUUCUGGAGUAUUAUAAAAGACACAACCUUCCAAAUAUAGGUAUGACUUUAAGACUGGGUUACAAUGCCAAACAAAGUUCUGCACCAGAUGAUGACGACUACGAACCCGUGGGACAACCAUUGUGUUAGUGUUCGAUCACGUGAUAUACAAUAUACUAUGCAAUAACUAGUGGGAUAAUCUUUACUGUUUGGUUAUUCUGUAGGAUGUUAACACUGAGACUACUAUAAGUGUUUGGUUAUUCUGCAGCAUAUUAACACUGAGACUACUAUUGUAAGUGUUUUAAAAGUGUUUUAGUAGUCUCAGACUUACAUUCUGAAAUGAUUGAAUCGUUUAUUGAAUUAUCCAGAAUCUCGAGUUCUAUUCCCAUCAAACUGAUUUUUAAUGUACACAUUUUUAUUAGACUCACAAGUGGUGUAAUGUUGGUAAUUCUGUUGUAUUUUAACAUACCGAAAUAAUUGAAAGGUUUGUUUGAUUUAUCAAGAAUCUCGAAUAAUAUGAUUAUCUACUUUUUUUCAUUUUUUAAGUAUACUUUUUUUCAUUAGAUUCACAACUUGGGAAAUCUCGAUUGUUUAAUACUAGUAGUCCUGAAGUAUUUUUACAUACUGACAUACGUGAAUCCUUUAUUGAAUUAUCCAGAAUCUCUUGAGUACUAUACUCAAUUUUCGUUUGUUUAUAUUUAUACUUUUUGUUUAGAUUCGUCAGUAAUACUGUACUUUAUAGUUUUACUAAUGCUUUUCAAUAUGUUGCAUAUAAGAAAUAGUCAUG